CGCCGCGGAGCAGCCGCGCGGAGCCCCGGCAGCGCGGCCAUGGCCGAGCGCCGCGCCUUCGCCCAGAAGAUCAGCAGAACUGUAGCUGCGGAAGUCAGGAAGCAGAUCUCAGGGCAAUAUGGAGGAUCUCCCCAGCUUCUCAAAAACCUCAACAUUGGAGGCAGCGUCUCUCAUCACACAACCGUACCACUUACAGAAGCAGUGGAACCAGUUGAUUUGGAAGACUACCUUACUACCCACCCGAUUGCGGUGGAAUCUGGCCCCUUGAGAGACUUGCUUGAAUUUCCUCCAGAUGACAUUGAGGUCGUGUACACCCCUCGAGAAUGUCGAACUCUUGUGUCGGCUGUACCUGAAGAGAGUGAGAUGGACCCUCAUGUGAGAGAUUGUGUAAGAAGUUACACAGAAGACUGGGCGAUUGUGAACAGAAAAUAUCACAAACUGGGAACAGGAUUUAAUCCCAACACCUUAGACAAACAGAAGGAGAGGCAAAAGGGGCUCCCCAAGCAGAUUUUUGAGUCUGAUGAAGCUCCAGAUGGCAACAGUUACCAGGAUGAACAAGAUGACCUUAAACGGCGUUCAAUGUCAAUUGACGAUACUCCCCGGGGCAGCUGGGCUUGCAGUAUUUUUGAUCUGAAGAACUCCCUUCCAGAUGCCCUUCUUCCAAACCUACUAGACCGAACCCCGAAUGAAGAGAUUGACCACCACAAUGAAGAUCAGAGAAAGUCCAGUAGGCAUAAGGAGCUUUUUGCACUACACCCAGCACCAGAUGAGGAGGAGCCUAUAGAACGACUUAGUGUCCCUGAAGUACCCAAAGAACAUUUCGGCCAGAGACUCCUGGUGAAAUGUUUGUCUCUUAAAUUUGAAAUAGAAAUUGAGCCCAUUUUCGCAAGUUUGGCUUUGUAUGAUGUUAAAGAAAAGAAAAAGAUUUCAGAAAAUUUCUACUUUGAUUUAAACUCUGAACAAAUGAAAGGAAUGCUUCGUCCACAUGUACCUCCUGCUGCUAUAUCCACACUGGCCAGAUCCGCCAUCUUUUCCAUCACUUAUCCCUCUCAAGAUGUCUUUCUGGUAAUAAAGCUGGAAAAAGUAUUACAGCAGGGAGAUAUUGGGGAGUGUGCAGAGCCUUAUAUGAUUUUUAAAGAAUCUGAUGCAGCAAAGAAUAAGGAAAAGUUGGAAAAGCUGAAAUGCCAGGCAGAACAGUUUUGCCAAAGACUAGGCAAGUAUCGAAUGCCUUUUGCCUGGACAGCCAUUCAUUUAAUGAACAUUGUGAGCAGCGCUGGAAGUCUGGAAAGAGAUUCCACAGAAGUAGAAGUUGGCACAGGAGAACGUAAAGGAUCUUGGUCGGAGAGACGGAAUUCCAGUAUUGUUGGGAGGCGUUCAUUAGAAAGAACCACUAGUGGGGACGAAGCGUGCAAUCUGACUAGUUUUAGACCGGCUACUUUGACAGUGACAAACUUCUUUAAACAGGAGGGUGAUCGCCUGAGUGAUGAAGAUUUGUACAAGUUUCUUGCAGAUAUGAGAAGACCAUCAUCAGUGUUACGGAGAUUGAGGCCUAUUACAGCUCAACUAAAGAUAGAUAUAUCUCCAGCUCCAGAGAAUCCCCAUUACUGCCUAACUCCAGAGUUGCUGCAAGUCAAACUUUACCCAGACAGCAGAGUUAGACCUACAAGAGAAAUCCUGGAGUUUCCUGCCAGAGAUGUCUACGUUCCCAAUACCACGUACAGGAAUCUUCUUUAUGUCUAUCCUCAGAGCCUUAACUUUGCCAACCGCCAAGGAUCUGCCAGAAAUAUCACUGUAAAAGUCCAGUUCAUGUAUGGAGAGGAUCCAAGUAAUGCUAUGCCGGUCAUCUUUGGUAAAUCUAGCUGUCCUGAAUUUUCCAAAGAAGCAUACACAGCUGUAGUGUAUCACAACAGAUCGCCUGAUUUUCAUGAAGAAAUCAAGAUUAAGCUUCCAGCCACUUUAACAGAUCACCACCACCUGCUUUUUACUUUCUACCAUGUCAGUUGCCAACAAAAACAAAACACUCCCCUGGAGACUCCAGUUGGAUACACUUGGAUACCGAUGCUUCAAAAUGGACGGUUGAAGACUGGUCAGUUCUGCCUACCUGUUUCAUUGGAAAAACCACCACAGGCUUAUUCAGUUCUUUCUCCAGAGGUGCCGCUUCCUGGAAUGAAGUGGGUAGAUAAUCACAAAGGUGUUUUCAAUGUAGAAGUUGUUGCUGUAUCAUCCCUCCAUACUCAGGACCCUUAUCUUGACAAGUUCUUUGCACUUGUCCAUGCUCUGGAUGAGCACAUGUUCCCUGUGCGAAUAGGAGACAUGAGAAUUAUGGAAAACAACUUGGAAAAUGAACUGAAGAGCAGCAUUUCAGCUUUAAAUUCCUCUCAACUGGAGCCGGUAGUGCGAUUUCUUCAUCUCCUGCUUGACAAACUGAUUCUUCUGGUAGUAAGACCUCCUGUCAUUGCAGGCCAAAUAGUUAACCUGGGCCAAGCAUCUUUUGAAGCAAUGGCAUCAAUUAUAAACAGACUUCACAAAAACUUGGAUGGAAACCAGGACCAGCACGGCAGAAACAGCCUUCUUGCUUCCUAUAUUUAUUAUGUUUUUCGCCUACCAAAUACCUAUCCCAAUUCACCAUCACCAGGUCCUGGUGGCUUAGGGGGAUCAGUGCAUUAUGCCACCAUGGCUCGAUCUGCUGUCCGACCAGCAAGCCUUAACUUGAACCGCUCACGGAGUCUCAGCAACAGCAACCCAGAUAUAUCUGGGACCCCCACCUCACCAGAUGAUGAAGUUCGCUCCAUCAUUGGCAGUAAGGCUACGGAUCGAAGUUGUAAUCGUAUGUCUUCGCACACUGAGACGUCAAGUUUCUUACAAACAUUAACAGGACGAUUACCAACUAAAAAGCUUUUUCAUGAAGAGCUGGCCUUGCAGUGGGUCGUGUGCAGUGGGAGUGUGCGGGAGGCAGCCCUGCAGCAGGCCUGGUUCUUCUUUGAACUGAUGGUGAAGAGCAUGGUACAUCAUUUGUAUUUUGCUGACAAACUGGAUGCUCCAAGAAAGAAUCGCUUUCCUGAGCGUUUCAUGGAUGAUGUAACUGCUUUGGUCAGCACAAUUGCCGGUGAUAUAGUCUCUCGGUUUCAGAAGGAUACAGAAAUGGUCGAAAGGCUCAACACGAGUCUUGCAUUUUUCCUCAAUGAUCUGUUGUCUAUCAUGGACAGAGGGUUUGUCUUUGUCCUUAUCAAGACCUGCUACAAACAGGUGUCUUCAAAGCUCUAUUCCUUAACAAAUCCAAGUAACCUAGCAUCUUUGAGACUGGACUUUCUUCGCAUCAUCUGCAGCCAUGAGCACUAUGUCACUUUGAAUUUGCCCUGCAGCUUGCUCACACCACCUGCAUCUCCAUCACCAUCUGUGUCUUCAGCAACUUCUCAGAGUUCUGGGUUCUCCACAAAUGUCCAAGACCAGAAGAUUGCAAAUAUGUUUGAAUUGUCUGUGCCUUUCCGCCAACAGCAUUAUUUGGCUGGGCUUGUGUUAACAGAACUGGCUGUCAUUUUAGAUCCUGACGCAGAAGGUUUAUUUGGAUUGCAUAAGAAGGUCAUCAAUAUGGUACACAAUUUACUGUCCAGUCACGACUCGGAUCCGCGGUACUCUGACCCACAGGUAAAGGCCCGGGUGGCUAUGCUGUAUCUACCUCUGAUUGGCGUGAUCAUGGAAACCGUGCCUCAGCUUUAUGAUUUUACAGAGAGUCACAAUCAACGAGGGAGGCCAAGCUGUGUUGCUGCUGAUGAUUAUGAAAGCGAGGGUGGAAGCAUGAUAAGCCAGACAGUUGCCAUGGCCAUUGCAGGAACGUCGGUUCCUCAGCUCACCCGGCCCAGCAGUUUUCUACUCACCUCAUCGAGCGGAAGGCAACACUCCACCUUCUCAACAGAGUCCAGCCGUAGCCUCUUGAUCUGUCUCUUGUGGGUGCUCAAAAAUGCAGAUGAAAGUGUGCUGCAGAAAUGGUUCACAGACCUGUCAGUGCUGCAGCUCAAUCGCCUACUGGAUUUGCUUUAUCUCUGCGUAUCCUGCUUUGAGUACAAGGGCAAGAAAGUAUUUGAAAGAAUGAACAGUCUGACAUUCAAGAAGUCAAAGGACAUGAGAGCUAAACUUGAAGAAGCUAUUCUGGGAAGCAUAGGAGCAAGGCAGGAAAUGGUCCGAAGAAGCAGAGGACAGCUAGAGAGAAGUCCUUCCGGGAGUGCAUUUGGAAGUCAAGAGAAUUUGAGAUGGAGAAAGGAUAUGACUCACUGGCGUCAAAACACAGAAAAGCUUGACAAAAGCCACAAACCAGCCAGAUCAAGGGCAGAGAUAGAACAUGAGGCACUUAUUGAUGGAAAUCUUGCAACAGAAGCAAAUCUGAUUAUUUUGGAUACCUUAGAGAUAGUUGUCCAGACUGUUUCUGUGACGGAGUCCAAAGAAAGUAUCCUCGGCGGGGUGCUGAAGGUGCUUCUGCACAGCAUGGCCUGUAACCAAAGUGCACUUUAUCUCCAACACUGCUUCGCCACACAGAGGGCUUUGGUUUCAAAGUUCCCUGAGCUGCUAUUUGAAGAAGAGACUGAGCAGUGUGCGGAUCUGUGCCUGAGGCUCCUGAGACACUGUAGCAGCAGUAUCAGUACGAUACGGUCACAUGCGAGUGCCUCUCUUUACCUUCUGAUGAGGCAAAACUUUGAGAUUGGGAAUAACUUUGCCAGAGUGAAAAUGCAAGUGACCAUGUCUCUCUCGUCCCUGGUGGGGACAUCGCAGAAUUUCAAUGAGGAGUUUUUGCGGCGUUCCCUGAAGACUAUUUUGACAUACGCUGAAGAAGAUCUGGAACUUAGGGAAACGACAUUCCCUGAUCAGGUCCAAGAUCUUGUGUUCAACCUCCAUAUGAUCCUCUCUGACACAGUUAAAAUGAAGGAGCACCAGGAAGAUCCAGAAAUGCUGAUUGACCUGAUGUACAGGAUUGCAAAGGGCUAUCAGAAUUCCCCUGAUCUGCGCCUGACCUGGUUACAGAACAUGGCUGGGAAGCACUCAGAGAGGAGCAAUCAUGCUGAAUCGGCCCAGUGUUUGGUCCAUUCGGCAGCCUUGGUGGCUGAAUAUCUAAGCAUGCUUGAAGACCGGAAAUAUCUUCCUGUAGGGUGUGUUACAUUUCAGAACAUAUCUUCUAAUGUUUUGGAAGAGUCAGCAGUUUCUGAUGAUGUUGUGUCACCAGAUGAAGAAGGUAUCUGUUCUGGGAAGUAUUUUACAGAAGCCGGUCUGGUGGGAUUGCUGGAACAGGCUGCAGCAUCUUUCUCAAUGGCUGGCAUGUACGAAGCGGUUAAUGAGGUUUACAAAGUCCUUAUUCCUAUUCACGAAGCUAAUAGAGAUGCUAAGAAGCUGUCUACUAUUCAUGGUAAACUCCAGGAAGCAUUCAGCAAGAUUGUUCAUCAGAGUACUGGCUGGGAGAGCUAUGCCAACAGCAGGGUUUACGCAUUGUGUCACAGGGAAAGCAGUAUUGCCAACUAUAAGCACUCAAGUAUCCGGAGUCCAGAGCCAAUGCAUUCAUGAGAUCUGCUUAAACAUACCAAGUUGUGGGGUUUUCUGCUUGUCCAUUUGUUUGCUAAAUAAACAUUGCAUUCUUUUCAUUUACUUUCCAGUUAGGAAAGUUUCUUGGAAAAAUCUUUUCAUGUGUGUGAAUUUAAAAAUGCUCUUUUGGUUUGCAAGGUGAGGUUGAUAUCUGACAACAGGAUUCCAGGAACUGGUACUUUAUUAAAAAAAAAAAAAAAAAAGAAAAGCAGUAGUGGAAGACUUGUAAUAGUUGGCAACACUGCAAAAUGACCUUGAAUUAAAAUAGAGCAAGAAAACACAAUGCUUGGUUUAUUAAAGGUGGUUGGCUUUUGCAUUCUGCACAGUGUAUAUGAAGUGUGUAUGCAUAUUUUUAUUCAUACAUGCUUUGGGCUGAUCCUGCCUUCAGGCAGCUACGCUACUGCAUUGGUCUUGGUGGAGAAAACAGUUGAUCACUUGUGUCUAAUUUUCAAAUCUUGUUGGCAAAGCUUUUUGUGUGUGUGUAAGUGAUAACUCUAAAACUUUAUUCCCAGCAAUUUUGAAAGGUAUUUACCAUGCAUAAUAACAAAUCAUGAACCUUCAUAAAUCAUGGUGGCUGUUAUCUGCUCUGCCAGUUCUGUGAUGGCUAUUCAGUGUUCACCUUCAUUCUCUUCUCCUCCCAAAGACCUAUUAUUUUUCAUAAAAUAAUAGGAUAUAAAAUGCUUUUUAAUAAUUUCUCCCUCAUAUCUGCGUUUUUAGCUCUUUUCAGAAACAAGACCAUGGAGUAUUUUAAAGUUACUUGUUUUGUUUUCAGUACUGUGAUUACGCGAGACUUGGGUAUUGGCUAAAUUUCAAAGAAGAAAUUCUAAUAAAGAUUACAGAGCCAUCCCAUAUUCUUAACUUCAGGCAAGAAGCUGAGCUUGCCUAAUUUCAGGGGGCUCACAGCUACUGAAUGCAUAUGUGGAGCAAAGAAUAGCCAUUAGGUGUUGGAGGAAUGGGUUUCCAGCUCCUUGUUUCCAGGUUUCCUGCAGACCCCAGAUACGGCUGCAGACCAGGAAAUUGCUUUUGUAAAGGGAUAUACUGGUCAGAGGCAGCCUGGCCAAGCUGCUCUUCCUGCCAGCCCUGGGCAGGAAGAGCAGUGGGAAAGCUGGCAGGCAAGAACAGUAGAAAUAGUCAUUGGUCUUGGACCAGAGGUGCCCAGAACUGGCAUCGUAUCUCCUCACACAUGACAUCUACACUGCAUAUAUUGCUCCACUUCCACCCAUAGUCGCUUUCUUCUUCUUGAAAACCACUCCUAUUAAAUCCCAACCUGCUCCCUCAAGCCUCAUACUGGCCCCUCACCUUCCUCAAGUAUGGCUUGACCAGCCUCUUCCACCAGCCAUUCCUAGAGUAUCCUGGACUCCAAAGUCGUAGAUACUCAGUCCUUACGUUCAGUGUUGUCACCCUGAGACCUCUCAGCUUCUCCACACACUUGGGAACCACAGCAGCUGGGUUUGUGCUGCUCAUGUCCUGCCUGGCUUUGGGGCGAGAGCAUUGACUUGGAACCAAAGGUGUUACAUGACUGUUCGCUUUGCCAAGCCCAUUACUGAAUUUGUGAACUGGCCAUGGUGGCCUUGUUCCCAGCAAGGGUAACAGCCUAGCACGCAAAGGUACCAAGCUCCCGUAGCUGUUUUGCAAGCUCUCCAUUCAAAUUCGAAUUGAACAUAUUUUCUUUGCAGCCACUUGUCAGAGGGAAGGAUUUUGUGUCCCUUAAGGACAUGACCCCAUUGAGCUGAUACAGCUUGCACAGUUUAUAGUAUGUGAAGUAGCUAAAUCUACAGUUGGUUGAGACUGAAAGGGCAGAGUGUUUAGAGAGGAGUUACGUGUUUUUUAUCAGGAUAGUAUGGCUCAGGGAGUGGACGGAGAAAGUUUGGUGGUUUGGCUUGCUGGGGAGUAGUCACAGCCCAGCUCACAUACAUCUCAUCACUGAUGGAUCCAGUACUUUGUGAGGGAGAUGUGUCUGUCGCAUUAGGAACUGAUCAGUACUCCUCACUGCAACCAUAUCUCCCUGGGAUCAUUAUGAUAAUUGAGUUUCAGCAGCUGGAUUUAUCAGGAAAAGCCAAUGUGACUGGACUUUGUGAUGUUGAAACAAGUACAUAUACUGAGAGCUACGUUUGUAUUGGGGCGCUAAAUUUCGCCAGUCUCCCCUGGUGCCACCACUCCUGGGACUUCCCAGUGCACUACUGCUCAUACUUUAUGCAUUUGGUAAAUACCACCGGAACUCUAUUAAUUGAUGCUGAUGAACAGACAUUUUCUUCUCCCUUCAUUGGUAUUUUUACAGCAAAAUAAAUUUACACUGCCUUUAACAAAUAGCUGCCUCUGCAAAUGACCACACAGCAGAUGUUCACCUUUUAGGGACUAGGUCCUGUGAACACUUCAUACACUGAAAAUUUCUGGACAUGUCUCUUCCCUUGUGGCUGAUGGGAGUUGACAUGCUGUGGAACAGCCACAGUUGCUCUAUACGUACCCUCAACAAACAAAGGCUGGGAAGACCCACAGGUAGUUUCCCCCUGACAAUUUAUCCAAAUGGGAGAGCUUUAUCCUUGCAGCUAAAAUGCGUGUCAAGGACUUGAGCAGAUUUUUCUCACUGAUUUUAAAAAUCCCAACUGCUGAUGAAGUGCUUUUUUUCUAACGCUGGUGGAACCAUACCCCGUUGUAUUGCAUACUAGCGUUGUUCUGGAAGGGCUGAGCUCUGGAGGAAUAAGGACACGUCAGACAGAUGGGACCUGUGGUGCUUGGUUGGGUAUACUGCUUGGGAGUUGCUCACAAGAGCUGUAUUUGGCAUUAACAUUCACAAAUGGUUUUUUAUCCUUCAUCUUGCCACCUGGGCAAUGGGAUGAAGGGGAUGAAUCCUUCUCAGUUGCCAGGUAGAAGAGGGAGAUGACCAAGUUCUGCUGAGGAAAGGACCCUGUCUUUUCCAGGAGAGUGUACAAAGCCUGUCAUGUGGAAGCCUGGCCUAGAAGGGGGCAGUAUGGCUGAGUAGUAGGAGAAAAACACGUGAAUUAAGAGAGCAGCUGUGUGUUGUCCAUCACUGAGACCUGCCUUGUGCCCAUCAGUCAGAGGCAGAAUCCUAUUGACAUCCCUGUGGAGUAAGCCCCGACCCAACACAAGGCUGGGGCAGAUGUUUCACUCCCCUUGGGUAAAACAUAGUGCUACCUUGGAAAGUGUCUUUGAGAAAUGUCAAGAAAGGAGCACUGGGCUCCUCUGCCACUCACACUGAGAUUAAAUUGAAUAAAAAUUGCACAGCUGGAAAUGCUGUGGGGAUUGAGCGAAUUUGCAGUGGGUAAUAAUUGUGAAAAAAGUGGCUUUUAAAGGAUAUGGAUAAGUAAAAUAAGGGUUCAGUAGGCUGGUCGUUUCUCUAUGAGUGUGUAAGGAAGGGAAAUAGCUCCCAAACAUUGCCAGGUAAUACUGCUAAUAAAACAGUGAUAGCUUCCCAGCUGGGAUUUGCAUCCCCAGGAGUUGGGGUGCAUCAGGGAAAGGCUGGGGCAUGACAAAAAUCCAGUUGUUUAUGCUGGCAGGUGGAGUUGGUUCAAAUCACUUCUCUGGAGGCGGGAUUGCUCGGAGCGAUGGGCUAGAGUCCAGGGCAUCACCCGCACAAGGCAACGUACACGAGCAAAGCUCUGGGUGACACCACAUCUUCAAUUUGGGCACGUGAUUAUGCUCUUGCCAGCAUGGAGCCUAUGAAUUCGUGUCUGUCAGGGUCCUGUAGCAAAGCCGAGAUGUGGCCCGCGUGUAUUAGGCAGAGCGGAGCUGUGCCAGCACUCAGGAGCUCAGCUCCUGUGUGACACUGUGAGUUUCCUUCAGGCAAGGAGAAGCAGUGGGUUGCUGUGGCAAUGCUUUCUGCAGGCUCUGGAGUUUACCUGUGUUUUUUUUUUAUCCAAAGGAAAAUGAAAUAAUGUUCCUCUAAAGCCAUAGCAUGUUUGAAUUACCAAAAAAACUAAAUUGAGGAGGAAAUGCAUAAAACUAAUAUGUAAGUGUGAUGAGAACAUUUUUCCUCAGCUCUUUGAACAUGUCCCUCCAACUGGUGGUUUUUCACUGAUGUGAUUCUUUUUAUUUUAAUUUGGUUCAUUCAUCCUCUCUGCUUUCCAUAGAUCAUGUUCACCAUGACCACAAAAGGUUAGUUUUGUCAUAGCAAACUACCGAAAAAAAAAAUCAUACAUGGCAGCCAGGAUACCUCUAGGUGCUAUUUGAAACCAGACACUAACUCAAAUCAGAAACUUUGCAUGUUAUAUACUACAUCACACUUUCCCAUGAGAGUAAAGGUGAACAUUUUAAGAGUUUCUUGCUAAAAGAUAUUUCUGGUUUGUGCAUGCAACGUGAGUUGUUUUAGCCUUUAACAAAAUUGAAGGUGUGAUUUAUUUUUAAAGCAUUUUUUCUAUCUCUUUUAAUCAGAUUUUCUUUUUCACUUUUCCAGCAAAAAUCUUUCUAUUCUUUUGUUGCAUUUCUGGGCCAAAUUCACCACUGGUUCAAAGGGA